AUGGAUCAAGUCGCUGAAAUCCCUGGUGUUGAACAAAUGGAAGAGGCGCAAUCUUCCCCGCCACCAGCACUCAAAUUGAAUGACGUCCAAAUUUAUGGCAACUACUGGCCAAUCGAAGAGUUGCAGUACUUGGCAAAUCAUCUUCAGUAUAUCGAUGUGGAGAAUGAUCCACCACCAUCACCAGAGGGCUCUAUUGGCAAUCUACAAGUAGAAGAUCACGAUCAAAACGGUUGGCUUGACUUUUCUUUUGGAAAGACUUGA